AUGGCCCCUUAUGAAGCACUAUACGGGCGGAAGUGUAGGUCGCCGAUCGGUUUGUUCGAGGUCGGGGAAGCAGGGCUGCUAGGUCCUAAUUUAGUCCAGCAAGCAAUGGAAAAGGUAAAACUUAUCAGCGACCGGCUUCGUACAGCACAAAGUCGGCAGAAGUCCUAUGCAGAUGGCGUCAUGCAAUUUGGAAAGAAGGGGAAGCUUAGACCCAGGUAUGUUAGACCGUAUAAGAUUAUUCAGAGGAUUGGCAGGGUGGCGUACGAGCUUGAUUUGCCUUCAGAAUUGGGAGCGGUCCAUCCUGUGUUUCAUGUAUCUAUGUUGCGGAAGUGCAUUGGAGAUCCUUCACGUAUUACGCCCAUUGAGUAUAUUCACAUUGCUGAAGACUUAUCUUACGCAAAGGUACCAGUAGCUAUUUUAGAUCGGCAGGUAAGAAAGCUUCGAACUAAAGAAGUGGAUUCUGCGAAAGUGUUAUGGCGAAAUAACAACAUCGAGGAAAUGACCUGGGAGGUUGAGGAGGAAAUGAGGAAGAAGUACCCCUACCUAUUUACGACUUAA